CUCUUUCUUUUGUAUUGCUUCAGUGUGAACCCUUGGAACUGCUCCACUUCGUUUGUUCUCGCGUCUCUGCUUCUCUAGGAUCCGAUCACGGCUCUGGCUCCGGCCACCACUGACCUGUUUACGAUCAGCGAUAGCUCCGGCGCUGGGUCCGACCACCGUUGCAGCACCAUCUCGGGAAGGAUCAAACUCUGGUUCAAGCAAAGAGAAACGUGUGGAUAAAAACUCACCUAUCAGUCUCUUCUCUGAGGCUAGAGCUUGGACUUGUGCACUGAUUAAUCAUUCAGAUGCGGUGUAUGCUACUAUGUUCCAGAUUGAUGAUCCAUUAUAUCAGGCUGAAAGAUUGGUGAUAGGAUUUGGGGGAUAAUGUCCUCUGUGGUUUCUGGUUGAGGGAAUUUAUUCCACGAGAUUUGCUUGUAUUUUUCAUCUAAGUAUUAAAGCUCCACUUUCAUCAAACAGUCUGGAGUUCCAAUGGAUGACUUCAUCGAUCCUUUUCUCCCAUCACCAUCAUGGGCAGAUGUAAACUAUUCUGGGAGAUCAUGGGCUGAGACAAUUGUAACUCAAACAAGUAGCUUACUUGCCGAUCCAGUAGGGGUUUAUGAAGGGGAUGAAAAAACCCCAAGUAUAUGCAUGAUUCCAUCGAAUCAUAUUAUGGGCAAUAUGGUUGCUGCAGAACCAAUCCUGCAUGGACAUAAUGCUAACCCUUCUAUCUUUCUUAAUGAAACCCUGAAAUAUGACAUCAAUAAUAGCAUCUAUCCUACAGAUAAUCAACUGCAGCAUGAGGGAAUGAUGGGGAAUAUCACAGUAGCUGGAUCAUUUGGCACAAAUUUAGACACACAAUGCUCUAUCACGCUACCUCAAAGUGGACUAACUGAUUCUGGUUCAAUUGAGAGCAAUGUUGGUGAAUUACCUGUGCUUCCACAUUCUCUUACAGAUUCCCAUUCCAAUUCUCCAAUGCCGACAGUUUGGCCUGCAUCAUAUCCUGGAGUUUCUUCUCUCCUCAUGGGACAUGGAAAAUCACAAGGUCUUACUUCCCAAGGGGUGGGAAAAAAUGCUGAUAUGUUGAGGACAGCAUGCAUGGAAGAUGGCAAAUUUCAACAAAUGGACAGGCUAGCUUCAUCUUCUGUACACUUGAAAAUGGAUCAGAAUGUACUUCAUAAUCCUAAUUUGCAUUCUUAUCCUACUGGACAACAGAUUAAAUUGGUCAAAACUGAUGGUUUCCAGCCACAUCAGCAGUUGCUACAGACCUUUGAAGGGAAUCACAUCAAACAGUAUACAAGCACUGCUUUGGGUGUUCAAGCUUCUCCAACCAAUGGUAGUAGCGGUUGCAAUGGAGCUGCAAAGCCACGUGUUAGAGCACGGCGUGGCCAGGCCACUGACCCGCAUAGUAUUGCUGAACGGCUCCGAAGAGAGAAAAUAGCAGAAAGGAUGAAGAACCUCCAAGAACUUGUACCAAACUCAAAUAAGACUGACAAGGCAUCAAUGCUCGAUGAAAUUAUUGAUUAUGUCAAGUUCCUGCAGCUGCAAGUCAAGGUUUUGAGCAUGAGCAGGUUGGGUGCUGCUGGAGCAGUUGUUCCGCUGAUCACAGAUGUUCAGAAUGAGGGUUCCGGCAAUCUGCUUUCAGUUGGGUCUGGGACAGCAGAUUUAUCUGAGUCUCAAGACAACUUCGCCUUUGAGCAAGAAGUUGUGAAGCUGAUGGAAUCAAAUGUUACUACCGCAAUGCAGUACCUGCAGAACAAAGGCCUCUGCCUCAUGCCUGUAGCACUCGCCUCUGCAAUCUCCUGUCAGAAAAGCGCCGGCAGCAUCAUUCCCCCUGAGAGGAAGAAACCAGAGGAGGCUUCCACUGGCUGCAAUGGAACAGUAGUUAAACAAGAAGAGACACCAAAGCCUAUAAAGAGCACAAAGGAAUUGAACACCAAGGCAUACAAGGAAAACUAGUUUCUUUUUACCUCACCUUCAAUUUCGUAUCUAAAGAUUGAGUAGAGUAGAGCAGAGUAGAGGAUAAUAUUUUAGCUUAAGCAAAAGAAGAGGGUUGGUUUCACUUUCAUAUUGAGUUGAGGGUAUAUCAUGGGGUAGCUUGUUAUUGUAUAGGCUUUUUCAGGCUACAUUACAUGAUGCAGAUUUGAUAUUUGUUUCAGUUUUUGUCAUUACUGUUGAUGAACCUGUUUUGUUUGUUGUUGUAGUGUAAUCAGGUCCGGUCUAUGUAUGUCUCCUAAUUUGAGUCUGCACUGAAGGCAUGAUUUCA